AUGAGCAGACGCAACAGCCGUACCAUCUAUGUAGGCAAUCUCCCUGGGGACAUCCGUGAGAGGGAGGUUGAGGAUCUCUUCUACAAGUAUGGUCGUAUUUUGGAUAUCGACUUGAAAAUAACUCCAAGACCCCCUGGAUAUGCUUUCGUUGAGUUUGAGGAUCCACGUGAUGCUGAUGAUGCAAUUUAUGGCCGUGAUGGGUAUAACUUUGAUGGCUACAGGUUGCGGGUUGAAUUAGCUCAUGGUGGCAGAGGUCAGUCUUAUUCUUAUGAUCGUUCAAGCAGCUAUAGCAGUGCACGCCGUGGAGGUGUUUCUAGGCGCUCUGAUUUCCGUGUUAUGGUCACUGGUUUACCUUCAUCGGCAUCGUGGCAAGAUCUGAAGGACCACAUGCGGCGCGCCGGCGAUGUCUGUUUCUCUGAUGUAUACCGUGAGGCCGGAGAAACUAUUGGAAUUGUUGAUUAUACAAAUUAUGAAGAUAUGAAAUACGCGAUUAGGAAGCUUGAUGACUCACAGUUCAGGAAUGCAUUUUCAAGGGCGUAUAUCAGGGUGAGGGAGUAUGAUGCUAGAUCACGAAGCAGAAGCCGUAGCCGCUCGUACUCAAGAAGCCCCAGUUACAGCAGGAGCAGGAGUCCAAAAUCUCUUUCUCGGUCACCCUCACCUGUGGAUGAAAGUAAAAAUUCCUAUGGUGCCUUUUGCAUUAUGGCUCUCUGUAGCCAUUUCCUUGUCAAGAUCGCUAUCGAGAUCUCGAUCCCCAGUUUCUUCUCCUUCUCACGCAAGAUCUGCGAGCAGAAGCCCUAG